AUGCGAUAUCCGUUCGGGACUCUUAACGAUAUCCAAAUUGAAAUCCGAGCACACCCACGCGCUCGUGACAUCGAGAGGAUCACAUUGGGACAAAAAUGCCCCUCAGCUACAGUGCCCACGCGCCGGCAGCGCAUGGGUGUCCAAAGCGAUAUCGCAUCGCCGGAAAACUUCCGAAUCAAGAGCCAAGACUCCUACCCUAGGUAA